AUGCCAGCACGCGUCUGGGUCAACCCAAACGCUACCAACAGCCCCACACAAGCUCGCCUGAACAGUCUUGAUACCCGGAUCGCAGAUAUCAGGCAGCAGAUCGCUGAGAAGGAGAUGUCCGGAAAGACCAAGCGCGAGUUCGACAUCGCCCUUGAAGCCCUCGGAGGAACAAAUCUCGCGAAAGACUAG